CACUACCUUCCCACCGUGCCCCGCGCCGCCCCGUUCGCCCUUGCCGUCGCCACCGCCAUGUUCCACGCCCGCCGUCUUCUCCUGCGCCUCGUGGGGCGUCCGGCGGUGCCGCCGCCUCCCCGGGCCCGGGGCUAUGCCGAUCCCGCCUCGGGGCCGGCCCCAAUGGCCUUCACCUUCGCCUCGCCCACGCAGGUGUUUUAUAAUGGUGCAAAUGUGAAGCAGGUGGAUGUGCCCACGCUGACUGGCUCCUUCGGUAUCCUGGCCUCUCACGUUCCCACCUUGCAGGUCCUCAGACCGGGAGUCGUGACAGUCCAUGCUGAGGAUGGCACAGCCACCAAGUACUUUGUGAGCAGCGGCUCUGUCACGGUGCAUGCCGACUCCACAGUGCAGGUGCUGGCAGAGGAGGCAGUGACGAUGGACAUGCUGGAUCUGGCUACUGCAAAAUCAAAUCUGGAGAAGGCUGUUUCUGAGAUGGCUGCAGCAUCCGAUGAAGCAGCUAAAGCAGAAGCUCAGAUUAAAGUAGAAGCUAACGAAGCCCUUGUAAAAGCCCUGGAGUAAUUAAGGAAUCCCACUGUGGAUGUUGAGAAACCUCAGACUGUCCUACUUGUCCUGACUUCCCCGAUUGUACAGAUGGUGCGGGACAAAUGGAGGCGGAGGAAACGUUCCGAUCAAUUAAAAGGAAGUGUAAUCUUG